UUAAAGAGUCUGACGUGUGUUGUUUAUAAAGUGCGCGCGCAAUGAGCCAAGCCCAGGCCCCCCAGGCCUCAGUGUCUUGUAUUCCUGCUACCACCAAGAUGUCAAAAGUUAAGAAGAUCCUCGAUGAGGCCCGGGAAGUGCAAAAUCCCGAGCUUGAUCUCGCCGACAAGGGUAUAAACACCUUCGAGGAAAUGCCGGGAUUGCUGAAUAUGUUGAACAUAACUCGAUUGACACUGAGUCACAAUAAAAUUCAAACAGUCCCCCCAGGACUCGCAAAUCUAGUCAACUUGGAGAUUCUCAAUCUAUUCAAUAAUCACAUCACUGAACUGCCCAUUUCACUGUCUCAAAUGCCAAAAUUGAGAAUUUUAAAUGUUGGAAUGAAUCGACUAGAUGCCCUUCCCCGAGGCUUCGGCGCCUUUCCAGUCCUCGAAGUCCUAGACCUCACCUACAAUAAUUUAAGCGAGAAGAAUCUCCCGGGUAAUUUCUUCAUGAUGGAGACCCUGCGUGCGCUGUACCUGGCGGACAACGACUUUGAGUAUCUGCCUGGGGAAAUUGGUCAAUUGAAAAACCUCCAGAUUAUGGUUCUAAGGGAAAACGACCUGAUUGAAUUGCCCAGAGAAAUGGGGGAAUUGUCACGACUUCGGGAGCUGCACAUCCAGGGGAAUCGUUUGACUGUUCUCCCACCAGAAUUGGGAAAUUUGGAUCUUGUGAGCAAUAAAGCUGUAUUCAGAAUGGAAUUUAAUCCGUGGGUUACGCCCAUUGGGGAUCAGUUGCAGGUGGGCAUUUCCCACGUUAUGGACUACAUAAGAUCUGAAACGUAUAAAUAUGUUUACGAUCGCCAUCAAAAAGCCAAACCUCCACCACCAGCAAUGGAGAACGACAAGAGCAAGAAAAUCUCUCGAAUGCGUUGAAAAGAUGAUAUGAAAUUGAUAAUUUUAAAGACUAAUAACCCCAUUAACAUCUAAUGAAAAUCUCACUGCCAUUUAUAUUGUUCAUCUAAGAGAAUUAUUAUAUUUAUAAAAUAAUAGCAUUGAUUUUUAUAACACUAAUAUUACUAUAU